UUGUUCCCUUGUUUCCAGAGCGAUACGUCUCAAGUUGAUAAAGACAUCAAAUGGGCCGACGCUUUUCUCGUGGUGUAUUCCAUCACGGACAAAAACAGCUUUAAUAAUGCCAUACAUCUGGUUGAAGCAAUCUACGACGGCAAAGGCACAGAUGAAUUGCAUGUCGCUCUGGUGGGAAACAAGAUAGAUCUGGAGCAUUUCAGAAAAGGUAAGAAAGCAGAUGUCUUAAAAAAAACGCCUCAGACAAACAGCCCGUCGGGUUCAAAGACUGAAACCUUAAAAGAAAUCCGUCAACCAUGACCCAAACUACUUCGUGAUGAUCAGUGAAACUUUAAAAGUCACGAUAAUUUUGAUAUGACCUUGAGAGAGGAAACGGAAGACAAAUGUCAAAGGUAUUCAAUAAAUAUUAUGAUACAGAAUACACCACGGAACGAGGUUGCAAAAAAACAUGAAACCAUCGAUCAUUAACCCUUGGUGGGUUUUCUGAACAUCCGGAAAUGAAUUUUUGAAAUUCUGACCCUUUGUGCCUGAAAAAGACCAUUCCAAAAUACUACUGACCCAAACAUUGACAAGCCGCUCAUCCUUAGUUUAUGCUUUUCAGUAACCACAAAGGAGGGCCAAUCGGCUGCUGAACAGCUCGGAUGCAUGUUCUUCGAAGUUUCCGCUGCAGAAAAUUACGAUAAUGUUCAGGAGGCGUUGAAUGUUGUCUUCCGAAGGGUGGCGCUUCACAAGAAAUACUUGCGACAGGAGAAGGAAAAGCGAAAAAACACUAAUCCACAGAUAGAGAAAAAGAAACAGAAAUUUGGAAAUUCUCUUUUCAACUGGAAAAACGAGAAAAAGAGAAGUCCAAGACGAGCAGACACACUUUAA